CAUGCACAGCAGCAGUCCGGCAACAACGCCCGCAGAAGACUCAACAUGUGCACAACUGCAGGGUCGCUUGCCAUGGUGCGCUGGGAGAAGAACACUGCAACUUCCUGUUUGAGAGACCUUUGGCUUACUCUAAUGCGAGGAGCUGGUAAGCGGCGCCCGUAAAAAAACGCGGGGUUGGCGAGGUCGACUACGAAUCAAGCGUGGCCAGUGGCCUAGCUAGUCCCCUGCGACCUCGGCCUAUGCGGUGAGAGCGGUUUAUCUCCUUCGACUCACGAUGGAUUUCUGUUUUCCUGCAUCUCAUCGCAAAGCUUGGAACGGAGACCAUCUGCGGUGUGUUGCAGUAGUCUGGUCGAUUGCGCGCAUAAGGCUAUCAUAACAGGGUCCCUGGUCCCCGUGCUAUUAGGCUAUUAGCCGCUCCAUCACCAUCUUCCAACAUGUUCGGCAAGAAAGAGAAAGACAUCCCGUCUGCCCAUUUCGACAAGCAAGAGCCAGUGCCUCGCUACGAUGCUAAUACCUACGAUGUGGCUCCCGAGCUGGUCGCUUGUCCACCGCAUACUACAGAGUCGAAACUCGUGACGAAAAUCGACCUCCAUGUCAUUCCGUUCUUGUGCAUCAUGUACUUGUUGGCCUUCCUCGACCGUGUCAAUAUCGCGAACGCGAAUGUUUUUGGCCUUUCCAAAGAGUUGAAAAUCGUGGAUGGCAACAAGUACAACACAGCUUUAGUCAUCUUCUUCGUCCCGUAUAUCCUGUUUGAAAUUCCUUCAAACAUUUUGCUCAAGAAGAUGAAACCUCGUAUUUGGCUCAGUAUCUGCAUGUUCGGCUUCGGACUCGUUACCAUGCUCCAAGGCUUUGUGCAAAGUUACGGCGGAUUGCUCACCACUCGCUUCUUCCUCGGUGUGUUUGAGACUGGCAUGUUUCCAGGAGCGUUUUAUUUGAUUGGAAUGUGGUACCGCCGCCACGAAGCGCAAAAGCGAUACUCCUUUUUCUUCAGUUCCACCACACUAGCCGGUGCCUUCGGCGGCCUCUUAGCGUCCGCAAUUGGUAAAAUGGAUGGUGUGGCUGGCUACAAGGGAUGGCGCUGGAUCUUUAUCCUCGAAGGAUUGCUGACGGUCUUGGUGUCGUUCGCCUUCUUCUUUCUCCUUCCCAACUUCCCUGAAGAAGUCAAGUGGCUCACCGAUGAAGAGCGUGCAUACGUCAAAGCGCGCCUACAAAUCGACCAAGGCGCAUCCGCUAGAGAGCGCCCCAUCACACUGCGAGACGUUGGCAACGUUUUCCGCGACCCAAAAAUAAUCGUCGGCGGCUUCAUGUACCUGGGUCUCAUAGUGCCAGCUUACAGUUACGCUUACUUCUCCCCAUCGAUCAUCCAGUCGUAUGGUUACUCUCCCAUUCAGACACAGCUCCACAGCGUUCCACCUUGGGCCGCUGCCUUCGCCUUCUCCAUGGUGGUUGCGUGGUUCUCGGAUAAGUUGAAGCACCGCUUUCUCUUCACUCUCUUCCCGAUCAGCAUAUGCAUAUCGGGCUUCGCCAUCCUCCUUACUGUACAUCAUCACCGACAAGUACAGUAUGCUGCCCUGUUCCUCGUAGCUAUGGGCGCCUAUACCGCAAUGCCAGUCAUCGUAUGUUGGUUCAACAUGAACCUCGGCGGCCAUCAUCGGCGCGCUAUUGGGUCUGCCUGGCAAGUUGGGUUCGGAAAUAUAGGAGGCAUCAUCGCCGUUUACUCUUUUCUCCCGAAAGACCGCCCGUAUUACACGCCAGGCUAUUCGAUCAGUAUCGCCUUCGUGUGCCUUAGCGCACUCAGUUGUUGUACAUACUUCGCAAUGUGCAUGUGGCAGAACAGGUCGAGAAAUAAAAGCGUUAGGGACGUGGGCCUGACCGACUACGAGAAGACGGAAUUGGGUGAUCUUAGCCCGGAUUAUCGAUACCUGCUAUGAGUUAAGGGAAGAGUUGGAGGGGUAGGUUGACACCUUAGCAGAAACCCAUGAGAAUAUUUUAGUAAGUAUGUAGAAUGAGAGAGUUUAUUGGUAUUAUUCUAUCCAUAAGAACAUCUGUUUGUAUACAAAGAGAAGAGAAUGAGGAAUGCGUGCGCCAAGGAGUUCGACCACGUGAUAUCAGGUGCGAAAGCGAACCACGUGGUAGAAUUUAAGUAACAAAAUGGGAAUGUUGGAAUAGAACAGGAGAACAUAUAGAUAAAGAUCUCAAGACAAUUGUCAGAAGUGGCAAGUUGAUAUUAUCGCGAUAGCGAUAGUUGACUGCUGUACGACCAGGUGCACAUGUCCCUAUACCUCAGUAUAAAGUAGUAUAUAAUAUAAUCAAGACCUAU